UUGAGAAGCGAGCGGAGACCGAGUCCGUCGUUUGAGAGUGAAAGACCACUGCACUGUUAGUGUGAGAACUUGAGUGUGUGUGUGUGCGAGAAAGAGUACGAACGCGUCCGCGAAGCAGAGAGAAAGAACGAGAGCUAGAGGUGUUUUGCAACCUAGCAGCAGCAGUAGGCCCCGACUGAAAAGGAAGGACAAGUGUGUGAACAGCCAGUCAGCCAGCCAGAGCCAGCCAUCUUGGAAAAAAGUUGAAAUUCAAUUUUCGUUCCACUAAUUUGCUAGUUUGUGCGCAUUUUGUGAUCCCUGCGUCGUCAGAAACGAAACCCCCUUGUGAUUUUUGGAAGUAAUUUAAGGUUUGCAACGCCAAGUUUGAAAAUUUCGUGAUACAACUACUUGGAGUUUUUUUUGCGACACAAGAAAAGAUAGUGCCAGUGCUGAAACCUUUUUCUGGGAAGAAAAACCACCAUCUUUGAGGUAGUGUGUCUGAAAAAGUGCAAAUUUCGCGAAAUUCAGACCAUUUGUGUUGAGCAAACGUGUCGUGUCUCCGAGGGGUUUUGCAAAACGUUUUGUGGUGAAUCGUGAAGUCGGCUCGAGCAAACCGAGCGAAGAGCCCCAGAAAUAUAUCGCGCACAGCUAGGCCAAGAGUCGAGUGGCACCUUUUUCGGAACGAACCCGUUCAAAGUUUGAUGUUGAAAAGUUGCCGAAGUUGCACCGUACGAAGAAGUCGCGAUCUCGCCCGUCAGUCCGAAGCCUCGAGAAAAUGAGAAUAGAAGUCAAUUCGGCCGCGGACUUUGUGAUGAACUUGUUGCGAGUGAAAAAGGCAAAUCCGCAACUGAGCGAGGGUCAACUGCAGCAUUUCAAGGGUUCGCUGGAGCAGAUUCUGACGCGUCACUUUGCCCGCCACUGGUAUCCGGAUGUGCCGACGAAGGGUUCCGGGUUCCGCUGCCUGCGCAUCAACGGCAAGAUGGAUCCUAUCAUCGAGCGGGCGGGCCACGCCGCGGGGCUGAACACGGUCGCGCUGCGGAAGAUGCUGCCGCUGGAGCUGACGAUCUGGAUCGAUCCGGAUGAGGUGUCGUACCGUAUCGGCGAGAACGGUACCAUCUGUGUGCUGUACGACCAACAGCAGAGCCGUGCCAGUCCCUCGUCGGAUCUCGACUCGACGGGUAGCAGUAGCUGUGAUGAGUUCAUUAUGGAGCGGGUCGGCCGAGUGGAUCUGUCGAUGUCGUCGUCCGAUAGUGGCACUAGUGUUAUGGUAGAUUUUAUGGAGUCCAAUCCAUCGAAUACGCUGGUAACGCAGGGCAGCAAGCACAACAAGUACAACAACAGCAACAAUCAUCAUAAUAAUCAUCAUUACGCGAAGCGUCAUAACAACAGCGUUAGCUCGUCGUCUAGCGGACAAACUAGUCCUCCCCUGAGUCCCCCAUUCAACGGCUACAACAACAACUACAACAACAAUAGAUAUCAACACAACAACAACCAACACACCAACUACUACUCGCCAUCGGUUCACCAGCAGCAGCAAUACUUCCACUGGGACAACCAGUUCGUCAACAACAAAGUACGUACCCAAUGCUAAAUUCCACGUCGUCGUACACCUCGCCAAAUCCACUCUCUCUCUCCCUGCCGAGACGCGUUAUGAUAACACAAAAACACCUUUAAAACGGUUAAAUUAACCGAAAACUGUUCAUAUCAAGCGAGCGCGGGCUCUCGAAACGGUACCGCUGUACCCCCGAUUUCCCAGCGCUCGUCGGCGCGAGAGGGAGUGGAUUACGGUGAACGUGCAGUGCAGUCAGCAACACCACAACAACAUCAGGCAGACAGGCAGAGAGGCGUGAGGAGGACACAACUUCGGAACCACAACCCACGACCCCCCAAAUAUGGUUAGACCAUCAACCAGUGCGCGCGAGCGCUGUACUGUACUUUUAAGCUUAAGGUUGCAUUUUUUUAACUGUUCGAAAUCUACGACAAAACACACAGACACACUAUAUAUGAUAAUACCGUAUACAUUUGUAACAUCUCCCAUUUGUGCGCGCGCGAUAUACGAGAAUCAAACCGUAAACAAAAGUGUUGCUGAAUUACUUAUCUUUAAAAAAAAACAUCAUUCAAUUACAAGAAAAAACCCUAAAAUCAACGGAUAACAAUCAUGGAAACAACCCCCCCAUUGAAACGCAGAAAAAAAUAACAAGAACACUGAUACAUUUGAACAUGGAACCACGGCAAAACGAAUAAAUGGAAAACUGAAACAGGAAUCUAUAUAAAUAUAAUUAUGGUAGAAAUAACGCUUUAAAGCUGCGAGUCGUCGGCGAGAGCUGGUCGUCGCCGAAGGUCCGCACGCUGUUGCGUUUGACCUGAGCGAACGUCUCGACGGCAGAAGCAGAAAAAGAAACCCGACGACGACGAGCAGAAAGCUUUAAAGCAGGCUAAAUUUAAUAUCAUCAAUCUCUCGUGUGAGGUAUAGUAGGCAGUAACGAAACACAGAAAAAAGUUAAAAACCCCGAGCGGAGAAAUUUUCGUAACAGAUGAAACACAGAAAGUAUAAAUCGAUGUGGUGUGUAUGUGGCUCUUUUAGCUUGAGAGGUAGCUGGUAGUAGUGACGAGGUGUAGGUGGUUUGAAGGGACGUUCCACAAACGGACCCCUGGAUGUAACAUCGUGUGGUAGCACACAAAAUGGUCGGCUUAGAACCCUCCGAGAGAGAGCGCGAGUGUGAGAUUGGCAGCUCGGGAGCACAAGAAGAGAUGCAUUUACGGGUCUCCCCAGCUCCAGUAACAUCGCGAGGUGUAAUCACUGCGCGAAUCUUUGUGUUAUUUUCCGUCUGUUCCCCGUUCUGCUUCUGCCGAACGGCAGCUCUGCUGCCGUCGUGUAUUAUGCAACGGAAAUCGGCUUCCCUUCUGCACACGCUGCUUCGCAACGGCUGGGCAGAACAACAACAACAACGCUGAACCUUUACGGAUCACCUGUUGUGCGCUCGAUACGCUCUAUUGUUCGCGCUGGGUAGAAGGGGAGGCAGAAUAGGGAACGGACGUGACAACACAAAGCGAACACCGGAGCGAACACCUUUCAAGCCGACCGACGAAGGGUAGAGAAGGAAGAACAACAAAAAAGUGUGAAGAAAGGCAAAGGGAAAAGACAAAAAGGUCAACCAUUGACGACGAUGGCGAACGAGAGGAGAACUAACCGACAAAAAGGAUCGUGUGUACGGCAAGCCAUAAAUAGUGCCAUCUGAAAUGUUUGUGCGUGUGUGCUUGGGCCCGCAUCCCGUUGGUCCCUCGAUACCCUAUAGGGCUAUCGAGGACAGGGAACAGAUGUGCGUGAAGCGAGGAAGGAUACGACACGAAGAGUCGAGAGAUGAUAAUGAUCGCUCGCGAGCUAUUAAGGAAAACUCGACUCAGCAGGCUUGGUAACCAUCAUCCAUCACACAAGCGAGUCGAAAACUGGUUCCGUGCGGUAGUAGUGGUGAGAGCGCGCUCGCGCUCUCCUUCCCUUGUAUUGGUGCGAACGUCACUGCUCUCGGCAGUGUACGUGAGCAAAAUAAAGUAAAAAAAGACGAAAACGAGUCAUUUGUUUUUGUCUAGCUUCUUCUUUAUGUCUUGGUUUUGCGCUGACGUCGUGUACGACGUCGUCUUCUUGUGUGAGUCCGUGAGGCCCCAUUCAAUAUACGGUCGCGAUGUUUUUGUUCGUCGUAGCCCCCCUAUGGGGGUGACUACGUGACGAGUUAAGUGUUUCUUCAAACUACCACCACGCACACUACUACCCACGGCUCUGUUCAAAACCAGUUUCUCGAGUACUACUCAGCCCAGACAGAUGGGUUGUAUAAGGCCCCUGCGUACGCUACGGCAACAUGGCGUUACGAGCGCUGGCUUCUUCGUCGGCUUCUUCACGUGGUGGUUACCACCUCGAGGCAGUUAAGUAGUUACCUCGUGGAGAGAAAGGAAGUCGCGCUAGAUGAGUCAUCGCGCAGCGCUCUAAAUGUCAAAUCGAGCUUUCAAAACACGCACACACAGACAUAUUUUUUGGGUUAAUUUUAUGGCUUGCAGCGCGGUCCACGACGAGGAAGUAAAGAAGAUCUAAUAAUAAUUGUAAACAACACAAAGACCCACCGUCCAACAAUAAUCCUAGGGAAUACGCUAGGGAUUGCAAAUCUACAUGGAGAAGGGAAGAACCAAGGAAGAGGCAACCUAACGUAGAACAAAUCCUAUACAUUAUAUGUAUAUUCCAUAGUUUUUUUUUCUCUGUACUAAAUCGUUGAUAAUCUUGCAGCAUAGAGUUGUGGUUUAGGUUCUACUUCCUGUGUGUCCUGUCCCCGGGAACAACAAUUUCGACCAAUUUUUGGGGGUGCUUUCGCGGAAUCCGUGUCCCGGAGAGCGAGUCCCUACUGCGAGUAAACGGUACAAAGUCACACAGCAGCAAUCGACGAACCCCCCUGUUCUAGUAGCUUUACAAAACAAAACACAGAGCGCGCGCGUCUUCCGCGUUUGCACACACAAACGUCGUAGCAUCAAAACCAACGAUCUCUCUCUGGCAGGCAGGAAGACAGAAGCGAGCGGCUGCGAGAGCAAUAGACGAACCAACAUGGCGGACGCGGAAUGAAUGCGAACGACUCCAAGCGGUGCGUGAUUUCCUAGUCUCGUGCGCGCGUCAGAAUGGUUCUGACAGUUGCCCCCCUUGCGCCGUGUACGCCUUGGCGCUUCAAAACCAUCAAGGCUGGCCAUGGUAGAGGUGGGCAAACGUCAAAUCGGACCAUUCUGACACCUGCUCGAGGCGUUCUCCCCUGGGGGUUGCCCCCCUCCUCUAAUCUUCGGUAGAAAGUUUGUAGAAAUCACGGUGCAAACCAGUUUGCCCCGGGAUGCAGUACCGCUGCACACAAACCGUCACCCCUCCGGGAGCCCCGUCACCACAAACAUGACAGAACCAGUUUGGCGCUCCGUGUUUGUUUGUUUCGCCUGCAAGCUGCGGCUACCGCUUUAAUUAACGAGGAAAUGUUCGGAAAUCGUGCACCGCUUUUCCGUUCGGAUAGUUUGCGGCAAACCGCCAUCCGCUACACACACACUCAUGCAAAAGCGCGCUGGAUUUAUUGAUUUCUCUAAGGCACGGGCCGCCGCCGCCGUCGCCAUAUUUGGGCCGGAAUGGUGCGCCAGAUAAACAAUCGCAGAUAGCGGUGAAAUCAACCUUUCCCCACGGCUGUGAAAGCGCACGACGCUUUCCAGCGAGUGAAAUGUCAGUCGCCAUUGUUAGUGGGUGAGCCCGGUUUGGCAAACCCUUUGACCUCUUGACAUUUUCAUCUCGGUUUGGCAGUGUGGCCAAACAAUUCGCCGCCGAAUCGAGGUCGCGCAUCUAGUUAUCUAUGCACGAACUACCGCCCGGUCUAUUGUUGGUGUGUCAUCUCAUGGCCUCCUACUCCGAUUUGGGACGACUUCAAAUCCUUCAAUGUGCUUCGCGAACCAGAAGCCGUACGAAUUAUAAUUUCAAAUUACACUUUUUUGUCGCUGCUUUGCAGCGCGCGCGUCCAAAAUGGCCGCUCGACUAUUUGCAGCUGUCACUCGUUGCGUGAGUGCAGUUUUUUUUCUCGCAAUUAGGCGCUAUCUGCCUGAUGUUCUUCAACGAUGAUGGCGCUGAACAACCGUUCAGAGUUAUCUCCCUCGAAUAAAAUAUUCAAUGUCAGCGCGCGUAUUUCAAGGUUUUCAACGAUAUUCCGCCUGGCAACCACAACAAAAAACCGAUGUGCGUUGUUUCACACCAAAUUUUACAACCUGAAGGUGACGUGUUUGGAAUACGUCACCGUUUGCUGAACUCUUCCGCGCGCGUGUAUGCGAAUCUAGUUGGCCGAGCGACUUACGUCAAUGUCGACUCGACAUUCUUGACAGCCCUAGUUCGCGUGAGAGUGUGCGCGCGUCAAUUAUCGCAAAACCGUGAGAAUGUGAAAUUCUUGCUCGCGAUUGUUAUCAGCGCGAUCGGACUUUUGCUUUCGAUUGUGCCGGAAACCGCGAUAAUUAGACGCAAUUACACACACUCCAUUAGCUGGGCGCCAUCUUGAAUUUCGCGGCGAGCAUGUGUGUGUGUGAGCUAGAAUGGGGAAACCGGGAAUUGCGUCGUAGCCGACUUUGAUGCGCAAUAGAAGAGUUGGAGAAAUCCAGCGUGCGAGCGAGCGCGGAUAAUCGACGUAAUCGAAGCCGUCCAAAGUCAGCUCAAUGUCAGUGCGUCAAAGUCGACCGCUCUCGUCGACCUGCCUCCAGGAAAAACAAAACACUCUAGACAUGUAUAAUAUUCUGAACCUGUGAUGACUUUCUUUAUAUAUUUUUUUUGUUAUUUUUGUAGAAAUGAUACGCUAAAGUAGGUUACUUGUGAAUUUUCAUUGUAAAUAGCAAUUCUUUCUAAUUCGAUUUUGAACCAAACUCAAGAAAAGCUUGAACCAUUCUACUUAAAACCUUUGGUUGCGCCCUUUUCUUAGGUGGAAUUGUAUAUUUUUCGUAUAAUUGCAAAAAUAACUUAAUUGGCUGACUUUGUACCGUUACUGUGUGUGCGAGAGAGAGAGAGCGUAAGCGUGACAGAUAAUGAGAGAGGGACACGACCCGUUCGGCGAAAGCACCAACACAUGAUGAUGAAUAGCGUGACCAUUGUUUCGUCUGUGAAUCAAAAGAAAGGUAGCUUUAAGUUUUUAUAGGUUUAUAUUAGGUAUGUAAAUGUUUUGCAAAACAAUAACUGAGAACAGUGGAAUAUGUAACAAAAGA